CGCGCCGAGACCGGACAGGAAAGAGCUGUGAAAGUAAGUGCUCCGCUAGGCCGCUAGUCAGAGUUAGACUAGUUCUUUCCCGCAGGCGCCGGUCGGAUCCCGCGCCCGCCCCCUUCCGCUUUCGCUGCCCCUUUCCGGGUCUGGGACGCGCUCUUUUUCGCGCCCGAGCCCCUUUUGCGAUCAUGAAGCUCCUGAGGAAGGACAUUGAGAAGGACAACGCGGGCCAGGUGACCCUGGUCCCCGAGGAGCCCGAGGACAUGUGGCACACUUACAACCUAGUGCAGGUGGGCGACAGCCUGCGCGCCUCCACCAUCCGCAAGGUGCAGACCGAGUCCUCCACGGGCAGCGUGGGCAGCAACCGGGUCCGCACGACCCUCACCCUCUGCGUGGAGGCCAUCGACUUCGACUCGCAAGCCUGCCAGCUGCGCGUCAAGGGCACCAACAUCCAGGAGAACGAGUAUGUCAAGAUGGGGGCGUACCACACCAUCGAACUGGAGCCCAACCGCCAGUUCACCCUGGCCAAGAAGCAAUGGGACAGUGUGGUCCUGGAGCGCAUCGAGCAGGCCUGUGACCCCGCGUGGAGCGCCGAUGUGGCCGCUGUGGUCAUGCAGGAAGGCCUCGCCCACAUCUGCCUAGUCACUCCUAGCAUGACCCUAACUCGCGCCAAAGUGGAGGUGACCAUCCCCAGGAAGCGGAGAGGCAACUGCUCCCAGCAUGACCGUGCCUUGGAGCGCUUCUAUGAACAGGUGGUCCAGGCCAUCCAGCGCCAUAUACACUUCGAUGUUGUCAAGUGCAUCCUGGUGGCCAGUCCGGGCUUUGUGAGGGAGCAGUUCUGCGACUACAUGUUUCAGCAAGCAGUGAAGACUGACAACAAGUUGCUGCUGGAAAACCGGUCCAAAUUCCUUCAGGUACAUGCCUCCUCUGGACACAAAUACUCCCUGAAAGAGGUCCUCUGUGACCCUACUGUAGCGAGUCGCCUUUCAGACACGAAAGCUGCUGGGGAAGUAAAAGCCUUGGAUGACUUCUAUAAAAUGUUACAGCAUGAACCUGACCGAGCUUUUUACGGACUCAAGCAGGUGGAAAAGGCCAAUGAGGCCAUGGCAAUUGACACCUUGCUCAUCAGCGAUGAGCUCUUCAGGCACCAGGACGUUGCCACGCGGAGUCGCUACGUGAGGCUGGUGGACAGCGUGAAAGAGAACGCAGGCACUGUUAGGAUCUUCUCUAGUCUUCAUGUAUCUGGGGAACAGCUCAGCCAGCUGACUGGAGUAGCUGCCAUUCUCCGCUUCCCUGUCCCUGAACUCUCCGACCAAGAGGAUGACUCCAGUUCUGAUGAUGAUUAAUGAUCGGAGCUUAUGCCUCACUACUUCACUGUUAAAAUAAUAGCUAUCCAGGUGUUCUUGUGACACAGCGUUGCAGGAGUGACACUAACUGAUCCAUCCAGGGCUUUCUGAUGUAGUGGUCACACUAAAUCACAACUAUAGUGUUUUGGUUGGCAGGACAUUUACUCAAACUUAAAAAUAAACUAAAAAAGGAAUAAAUCUGUCUGUAAUGCCACCUCUUAAUUGUGAUCAUUUUUUAUGGGAAUGAUCAGUUACUUGCAGGACUAAAAAAGUUCUCUGUAUCUAACGAUAAUAAAUACUUAUGUAUUUGGGACAAAG